CGAAAUUCAUGCCACCAAAAGCUGACUUCUUCUUUCUUUCGUUACUUCUCUCUCUUCCCUCUUCUCUCCUCGUCAUCGCAACAUUUUUCACACGUGCCACGGUACCUACACACCAAUACACAGGGAAACAUUACAAGUAUAUACAUAUUCAAAUAUAUAAGAAAAGUAAAGAAGAAAAAGUUGGCGAAGUCUGAAGAAGAAUGUCAUGGGUAAGAUCGGCGGUAAACAAGGCGGUGGAAGGUGGCCAAACCAAUAUCCGACGUGCCGUUCGCACCUACACCGACUCCGUCGUGCUCCAUGCAAGCAACGCCGUCGCUGGCGGCGCCAAAAUUAUUCAGGACCGCAUUGUGACUCGGAACAUGCAAAGCUUCAGACACACAGUAAAACGGUUAGAAGAAGUUUCUAUUUCAUGUAGAGGGAUAGAGAGAGUUCAGUUGCUACGAAGGUGGCUGGUUGCCCUAAAAGAAGUUGAGAGACUUACUGCUAACUUCAUUGACACCGAUGAAAAAGAUACAGACAAUCAACUUCUUCAUGAUGAAUUCAAGGAUUCACCUACAAUGAUUUACUAUGUAGACCCUGAUGCUAUGGAUGAUCUGAAAAAUUUCCGGGAUGUCUUCCUUUCAAGUCUUGCUCUUGAGGGCAUAACAUUGUCAAUGAUUAUUAAUGCACCGAAUGAGGAAGAAGUUUCCCUAAUGUCGGAGAUAUAUGGUCUUUGUAUGAAAGGAGGAAAGGAAGAACAUACUGCCUUGUUAUCCAGCAUACAAGAUUUGGCUAAAGCAUUUUCUAGAUAUGAAGAUGAAGUUCUGGCCAAGCGAGAAGAGUUGCUUCAAUAUGUACAAAAUGCAAUUUCAGGGUUGAAAGUGAAUGCUGAUCUUAUGAGAAUAGAAGUUGAAGCGUGUAAGUUGAAGGAAAACAUUGAGAAUAUGAAGGCAAGGAACCAAGAUGGAAAUGUAAAUUCACCUAAAGAGACAACUGCCGAAGAAAUAGAGUUGGUUGAUGAAGAUAUGGUACAAGUUAUUCAAAUGUGUUCUAAGUUGGAGGAACUCUUACUGAAAAAGAAAUACUUUAGCUCUGGUGAUUCUCCACAACUUCAUGCUGAAAAGGUUGACAAAUUGAAAGUUUUAUCAGAGUCUCUUGCAAAUUCUGCCACAAAAGCUGAGACUCGCAUCACAGAAAACAGAACUCAAAAAGAAGAAGCACUUCAUUUUCGGGCAGCUAAAUCUGACGAGGUUAGCCUAGUUGAGAAGGAAUUAUCCUUGGAGAUUGAAGAACUUGAGAGGCAGAGAGACGAGCUUGAAGAAAAACUGAGAAAGGUCAACAACUUGUUGACAUGUGCACGUAUCCGCUUCCAUAAUGCAAGAGAAGAAAGAGAGCAAUUUGAUGAAGCAAGCAAUGAAAUUCUUGCACUUCUAAAAACAAAGGAAGAGGAGAUGCUGCGAGCCAUUACUUCAUAUACAGUGGAAGCUAAUGUUGUUGAUACAUGGAUCAAGUUUCUAGAGAGCACAUGGGUCUUCCAAACUUCAGUCACAAAGAGAAAGGAUGAGCAGGUCAAUGCUGAACUGGAGAGAUAUGGUUAUCAUUUUGCGAAUUUGGUGGUUCAUCUUCUGCGUUAUUACAAGGGAAAAUUGGGUUCGUAUGUUACUCAAAUAAGAAUACUUGUGGAUAGUUUAAGAUUCAAACCAGGGUUAGCAAUGUCAUCAAUGACAACCAAUGAAGGUUUGAAAUUAGCAAAUCCAAGGAAAAGGCUUGAAGAAGAAUACUUGGAUAUUGAAACCAAGUUUUUGGCCAUUCUGAAUGUAGUGGACACCAUGAACAAGCAGUUUCACAUUCAAAAGGAAGGCAUUUUCAGAAAAGACAGCGACAAGGUGACACAACUGUUUGAUGAUAUUGAGAAAAUAAAAGAGGAAUUUGAAUCUAUUGAGAGGCCAAAACUGGAACUUGAGAUUCCAACUGAAAGGUCAGAAACACCAUCAAGUCAAAUAAUCUCCAGAACCCCUUCUCCUCCCUCGGCUAAAAAACCAAAGCAAAAUGGAACGAGACACUCUUUCUCACUGCCUGGAAGAUCACAGAUAGAAAUAGAACUUGACAAAUUAAGUGAAGAUGACUCAUCAGAAGAGAUAAGUGAAUGGGAGUUUGAUGAUCUUGACAAAGAUCGUCACUCCAGGAGUUGAAUGUAAAAAUAUCAACCACUGAUGUUGUAAAGAGAAUGUAAAUGAAAAGGCAACAUUGUGCUGUGUCUUGGCAACAUUGUGCUGUGAUUUUGGCUUACUCCGCUACUCAGAUAACUCAGUAGUUCACUCAACAGAUGUAAAUGAAACAGCUUUGGUACACCAAUAGUUGUAUUUGUAUCAUAUUCAUCGUUGAUGAAAUGUAGAUAGAUAUAUUCAACCAUGUAACUUUCUUAGAUAACCCUUGUUUGUGUAACAUUUUUGUCAGUGAGAAAAUUCGUUUUUAUAACAUAACUCACAAGAGUGACAAGCUGUUUUGU